GUCUCAGUGAUCUUGGGCUUCUCUGCCUGGGCACCAUGGAAGGCUACGGGAUCUCUCUCCUUUUUCUGGGGACACUGGCCCUGCCGGAGACCUGGGCAGGCUCCCACUCCCUGAGGCAUUUCCUCGCCGCCGUGACCCGGCCCGAGCUCGGGGAGUCGCGGUUCCUCGCCGUGGGCUUCGUGGACGAUCAGCAGUUCGCGCGCUUCGACAGCGACAGCGCGAGUCCGAGGGUGGAGCCACGGGCGGCGUGGAUGGAGCGGGUGGAGCAGGAGGACCCGCACUAUUGGGAGGAGGAGAUGCUGUACGCCAGGAGGCGCGCACAGGUUUUCCGAGAGGACCUGGAGAUCCUGCGGGGCUACUUCAACCAGAGCGGGGGCGGGGUCCAUACCUACCAGGGCAUGUACAGCUGCGAGGUGACUCCCGAGCUCGACUUCAAGCGCGGGUUUAUACAGUUUGCCUACGACGGGCUGGACUACAUCACCCUGGACACGGACACUUGGACAUGGACGGCGGCGGCGCCCCAGGCCGUGAACUCCAAGCGCAAGUGGGAGGCAGACAGGGGCUUCACGAAGAGAAGGAAAGCCUAUCUGGAGGAGACGUGCGUGAGGUGGCUGAAGAAGUACCUGGAGAUGGGGAAGGAGACUCUGGGGAGGACAGACCCGCCCUCUGCCCGAGUUACCCGUCACACUGACCCCCAAGGGGAGGUGACCCUGCGGUGCCGGGCCCAGGACUUUUACCCCUCGGACAUCUCCCUGACAUGGCUGAGGGAUGGGGAGGAACAGCUCCAGGACACAGAGUUCAUUGAGACCAGGCCUGCAGGAGACGGGACCUUCCAGAAGUGGGCAGCUGUGCAGAUGACCCCUGGUCAGGAAGGCAAAUACACCUGCCGAGUUCAGCAUGAGGGGCUGUCUGAGCCCCUCACCCUGAAAUGGGAGCCACAGUCCUCAUCCACCUGGUAUAUUGUGGGGGGCAUUGUUGCUGGUCUCCUUCUCCUCACUGUAGUGAUUGCUGGAGUUGGGAUCUGGAGGAAGAAGAAUUCAGGUGGGCAGGACUGGGAAGGGGCCCUUAGGGAGCAGGUACCAGGGAGAUCUGGGCUUUCACUGACCCGGCAGCUUGUCUUUCUGCCCCCAAGUCCUCUUUUUCCCAUCUAAGAG